ACGGCUGCAGCAACGCCUGAUGCCGGAGUCCGUGAGCUUCUAAGAAUUGAACAAGUAGUACGUAGCUAUGUUAAUACGUUACCCGGUUCCACCUCAGCCGUAGCACUCAUACGGCGUAUAUAGUUCAGUGUGGUGAUGCAUUAGAAAUUGUUCAACAGUGCCCUUCUCGUACAGCUGAAAAGGUGAUUAACGGAUAUCGUACGUACCUUUAUUAUUUCGUGAGUUGACGGCCAUCACGUCGUGACAGAAAAACGCGAAAACACUAUAAAUAUUGGUGCGGAAUUUCGAUUCUGGAUACUGCGUCUAACGCUUUUGGAUACGAACUGUGCACAUUCAAAUAAGACCUCGUGGCAAAUGUUGUGGUAUACCGAAAGGAUAUUAUCCUUAGCUAAAUGCGGUAACUCAGUCGAUCGACGAGCCGUUCAUCCUUUUCUACUGUCUAAUAGUGCGUUGGUCAUCACUUAAGGUUUUUGCCUGUCCUUCAAGCAUAGCGAACGCACUUAUCAGAAACAACACCUUUCAUCGAACCCAUUCCUCUCUGAAGCAUUUUUUUUCAUGAUCUAUUUUCAUCUUCUGCGACUUCGUUGUUUCGAACAACUUUAUUGUCACCAUCAUAAUCUGCGUACUCUUCAGCACUUCGUUUGCCGGCUCGCUUUCCCGUCGUCGUUAUCAUUGGCAUUGUCCCACACAACAAAACAUAACGUAACAACAACAGAACGAAACAACAAAAGGAAAAGACGAUUUCGUCAAGCGUCAGUCGUUUCGGGCAGCACAUCCACGACUUCUGCCCUUGCAGUAGCGCCGACGGUAACCGUGACGAUUCCCCUGUGUGAUGGCGCUGAUUUAGACCAGCCCGUCUAACAUGCGUCGGGUAGACUAGCACUUCUUCUUUAGUUCUUCUCAUCGUCGAACUCGUGCGGUGUCUCAGUUUAUGCAGCUGUCUACACGAUAGCCUGUUUGUCCGUCCUACCGUGCAGCCAGCGUAGCGAAACGGGGCACGACCCUAUUUUAAUUAUUAUCAGCCGGAGCACAAAAGCAGCUUCUAUACACCGAUAGUGGCAAGUUAUUGGGUAGCUCGACUGUUUACUACUUGACCCAGACUGGCUGAUCGUCUUGGCUUAUCCUUUUUCGACUCUUUGCAGCAGCUGCUAAACCGACUAUUGCUAUCGCAAUCGUUGCUGAUGUUACCAUUACGGGAACCAGAAAUAACAAUAAUAGAAGAGUCCAACUACGGCGAGUUCUGAAUGGUACUUGAUCUUCUCAUGCGUAAGUUCCUGUAAGAUGGUACCUGUGCAUGUACGUUGGGUAUACUGUUAAUGACCGCCCUAGCGGUAAUGCUCUGGGUUGAAUACUGUGACAAUUCACUGAGGUCUACUGAAUCGGGGUCUUAUCCGGCGCAGCGUGCCGUUAUCGUUACUACGCAUGAUGAAGAAAAUGUAUUAAACGAUUCAGCAUAUAACAACAAUUCCUCUAACCGCAGUCGUUACUCAAUCUAGCGACGCCAUGAUCGCCACUGAUAACGACGUCGGCAACUGGAAUUAGCCAGUCGGCAACAUCUCACAAUUUCACCUCGAUCGAACUUCCUAGGCGGCAGAAAGCACAAGUAACGCAAAUAAAUCGAAUUUACGCAAACCUGAGGUGUAGUAUUUAAUCAACGGCUUUAGGUUCUACAAACUGUUACCAAAAUGGAAGCAUCCUAAUCCCAGUUCCCAUAUGAUUAUGAUGAGCUGCGUUUUAACUAGACCUGCGCAGUCGUAUUUCAAUUAGGAGCGCAUUAUUAUAGACCUUAUAGCUGAUAAGCCUACACCUGUUUAGCUUCAUAUCAUGGAACCUCCGCUGUCGUGGAACAAUGGAUGCCGCCAAAGUACUCUAGGAGUAUUCUGAGUGAAACGGUUAGGGAGCCAGAAGGCGGCUGACAAACCCCGUCCAUUGAUGGUAACACUGGUGGCCAUCUUGGUGAGGCGUUAUUACAGGCACCGUUUGUGAUAUGCGCACAAACGGUCGGAAUGUUGUCCUGAGGCUGCUGCUGAUUUUAGCAGCAGCCGGCGUUCACGCACAGGAAAAGGAUAACAACCUUUGCUACCUGUCAUCAGGAGCAUCCUCGGUUACAUUUACGGUAAGCGAGGACUUUCGCAUCGGAGGUGAAAUUGGCGUCGUUCAAGUGUUUGGCGAGCUAGGCAAAGGGAUCACGUUGACAAUAGAGAAUACUGACGCGGUCACUUUCCGCAACAAGAGCCUAAUCCUACAGAAGCAGCUAGACAAAGAGGGAGAUUCAGGCCUUAGAGACAUAUCAGCUGAGGCGCUGUGCACCCCACAGAAUGACCUUAGCAUAUCAAUACCGAUUAAGAUUAUUGUCACGGACGUCAACGAUAACGCACCAGUGUUCCAGGCCACUCCAUAUGUGCUGAACGUGAGCGAAGCGACUGUUCCAGGUAGUGUCGUGUCCCAAGGUCUCAUACGCGCGGUCGAUGCCGACCAGCCGGGUAGCUAUUCAACAGUCGAAUACUUCAUUGAAAGGUCUGAGCACAGUAAAUACGUGGCAUUCGAAAGUAGCCUCGACGGCACAUUGACGCUAGUCGAAAAGCUCGAUUAUGAGACGGUGCCCAGCUUCAACGUGACGAUACGGGCACAGGAUCAAGGAAAUCCGCCGAUGGUCUCUCGGACUAAUCUAACGAUACACGUACUCGAUGCGGACGAUCAAAAUCCGCGUUUCCUUCACGAGCGUUACCUGCUCAACUUACCACCAGAACCGAAGCUUCGCGAACCCCUCGACGUUUUGCCAAGUCGAAUCCAAGCGACGGAUCCCGAUGAGGGAAUCCGUGCACCAAUCAAAUAUUCGCUCAGCUCAAACAAGGCCGAGUAUUCGUAUUUUGACAUCGAUCCCUAUUCGGGUCAGGUGACACUCGCGCGCAAGUUGCCUGCAAACACACAGCUCCCAAUUGUAUUAGUAAUCCGUGCCACGCAACGCAAUGAUGAAGAGAAGUUUUCGCUUACCACACUGACCGUAGCCUCAUCGGAGUUCCUUCCGCACGAAUUGAAGUUCUUUCAGCGAGAAUAUACGGUACCCUUGGUCGAAUCCACUCCUCCUGGUCAGGUGAUCUUGCGGUUGCAAACGACGAAGUCCACAGAGAAGAACCUCAAGUUUCAGCUCGUUGAGGCCGACAACGAGCGGAGCCUGGGUACGUUCUCGAUAGGGACCAAAGGCGAGGUUUACCUUCAGAAGAGUAUCGAUUACGAGAUUCGGCGCGAGUACAUAUUGACAGCGUUCGUGUCCGAUGGAAAGGACCGCGAUUUGACAAAGAUCAACAUAACAGUUCUGAAUGCCAACGAUAAUGAUCCUGUAUUCGAGUUUCCGCAGUACACCUUCAUUAUGCCAGUUAACGCGAAGCCGGGUGAGCUUGUAGGUAAAGUGAAAUGUACUGACGGUGACCGUGACGAUCAAAUUGGUUAUUCGCUUGAAGGCCCCAAUUCAAAUGCGUUCUAUAUCAAUGAUCGAGGGGAGAUUCGCCUCAAGAACAUGGACCAAGUAAACAUCACCUCUCAUAUGGUCAUCGUGGCCACGGAUAACGGGGUACCGCCCAGAAAAUCGACCAGUCUAGUAACUAUCCGUCUACCAGAAGUGGCCGCUGCAUCGGGUCUGUUCCGCAACUCGGCGCUUAUUUUGCCGGCAGCUUUUGGUGUCAUAUUAGGCAUUCUCGUGCUAAUCAUCAUCACAAUGGUUUUCUAUAUUCUUAAAAACAAAAAAUACAGAAACCAUCUGCCGGUUGUAAUCGAUGGCAAUGGCCUGACUGGGCACGGGCCUCUUCCACCACGACCUACAAUUGAACCUCACAAAGUGAACACACCCAAGAAGCCACCAGGUGUGGAGAACCCAAUGUUCGCAAGUGAACGUGAAGACACGUGGUCGACUAGCGAGCAGGAGGUAGCCCACGAAGGCUUCCAACGGCUGGUAACACGGCCUGCAGGCAAUUCGCGAACGCCACGAUUGCCCAUCUCGGGCAGUACGAGUCGUAUUCAAUGGCCUCUAGGUUCAAUUCCACGAAGAGUCAAGAAGCUCAGCUGGGAGGACGAAUUCGCCAACGAGACUGCACUUGAUCCCGAUGUGAGCGUGGCUCCGUAUCACCAACAAAGGCAGAACCCCAAAGAUAUUACUGUUUAUUUUUAAAGCCGAAAAAAAAAUCAAUGCUUAGUAGUUUUAGCUAUCGACAAUUCGUAGAUUGUAAAUAAUACUUUGACUAAAUGCUCGUUGGAUAGUAGUGACGAAAACCACUCCUGCAGCUAAAAGAUGUACCGCAAAAAGAAACAUCAGGUAGAGCUCGCGUAGUAACCUUGUAUGGCUGAAGAAUCUUCACGAGCAUCAAAACACCACUCUAUGAAUUUCGAUUUCUGAUCGACUAUGAACCGUUAAAAAUAUGGUUUCGCGUAAAGAUCUUUCAGUUACUAAUUGUCUUAGGUUUUUUGUUAGUUUGAAUUUGUCUUUGUUGUUUUGUUUCGAAUCUCGGUUUGGCAUAUAUGAUUUAUGAUACGCCAGAACGUCCAAUCAAAUGUACAGCUGUUUUACGCGAUAUAUCUCAGAGAAUCGUUUUUAUUGCAAUUGGACCAAAACACGUUGCAUUAUACAGCAAAGCACCGUUAUAAAGAUACACGCUUUCUGAUACAUCACGUCGUUUGUACAAGAUCAUCUUGUUCAGGUACACGAGGUCUUGAUAUAUUAAUAGUCCGCAUUACACGUUCGCCUUUCCAAAUUGCGCAGGGAAAAAAGACUUAUCAUAUAUAGAUUUUCUCCCCUAUUCGAUCAUACGUUUCCUGGGGACUUGCCAGAAUGUUUGGAAGCUUAACCCUUCUCAGUAGGUUGUCUUAUAACUAACUAUUUUUGUUACUGCCGUACUACCGCUGCUGACUUCAGUGCUUCUAAAAUCCAAUUAACAUGAAAAACAAUCCGCGAAGAUCUAAUGGCCUUUUGUAUUAAUUAUAAGUGUCGCAGUAGUGGUAAAGACAUAAUGGUGCCACGUCUAGACGCUCGUACGUGAUCAGUACUUUAAGCAAUAGGAGCCAGAAUCAAAGCUGGUAUAAGGCGGCCAGUCGAACGUGUCGGUGAUCCAACGAAGCAUGCUGUGAGAACAUAACCCGUGCAGUAGUCGACGAAGCGUCAAAACUAUGGUCGGAUGAGGCCCACGGUCAAGAGUACUACAUAGGAUGAAUCUGAAAACAGGAAAAAGAACUAAAGAAUCUAGUUACUUUUCGGUUGUGUGCGUAGGUAAGCUGACCGUAGCUGGUCGUCAUCCGUUCGGCGCCCUACCGCUCACUGCGUUGUCUUAUAUAGGACGGUAGUCGUGAACUUUUUCACGUUUGGCACAUCAGAUAGAGCGAGCGACAAAAACAAGAAGCAGGAACAGAAGAAAGAGGAUCUGCGAUCCCAGUGACAUCAUCGCAGAGCACUAUGAGGGCAUCUCGCUAUAUGUUCACCCGAAGGUAAAGGCGGGGUAUUGGCUUCAUGGAACAGAGUAAAUACGUAAAAGUAUUGAAUCCAACACAGAAAAAAGAUCGAAAACCACCUUCUACGACUAGUAAACAGAAUUACAAAGAUUCGCGAUAGAGACGCCGCUCCGUAAUGUGAUGGACAUAGUCAGCCGGCCAGCACGGGCAGAACAAGAGCUUGGGAAAGAUUUCCUUUUAGCGCUGUUGCAAACUUGCUUCGUCGGCACGAGUGACUCACCUCAUCGCUGGUUUGUACACGGGUAAGCAGGCCCACCGCUCAACUUCAUCACAGUCACAACGCACGACGCAGAUCCUGGGAACAGAAUACGUCUAUGUGGCUAUGAUAUAUGGGAUAACCUCACACAAGCAAAUACGCACAUACAUAUACAGCCAGAAUAGGAUAAAACUAGAAAGGCGGACAAGGAAGCAUGACCGGAGGGCUGAGGUGUUUAAUGGUGGUGAGACGCUCGUAGACGUAGUGCCAUGGGUGUCUGGUGAGAACACGUGGGUCAAUGACAACCAACAAUAUAACUUAAGCAGGCGACCACCGUACAGUGACCACCUCACUAGGGAUGCCGAUAGUGGUAACUGGGUAUAGUGGUCGAGCUAAUUCAGUGUUUAGAGCAAACAUGUUUAAGAAGUUCUCGUUGCAAUAUCGAUAACGACAGUACAUAAAGGCACAACAUAUGCAGGUUUAUGACUACAUAUUAUGCUAAAUUAGCUGCGUGCAGUUCUGGCGAGCGUAAACUCAUUAGUAAAGAUGACAAGGAACUGGACCGAAUCCGUCGACAGAACUUUUUAUCUAGAUAUCUAGACCCAUACGCUGAGCGUAAACUUAUCUUGUACAUACAUUAUAUAUAUAUAAAGACUUAGAUAAACUAGUUGGUACGAAUAGAAUGUAUCUUCCUGAAUCCUGAGUGAAGUAAAGACCCUGCAAGAAGAAAACAAGUUCAUGCGUCAAAGUGGAACGUGGUUAGAGGAGUAUCAAUACGCUUUUGUACAUAAAAGUGUGUAAACGUCAUAUAAAUACGAUGUAAUAGUAACAACAACUCUGAAGCGAGAGGUCAUAGCCACCGUCAAAUAUGAUCGACUGAAACAUUGGCCAAACAUAGUUUUCGGCAGACGCGAGUUCCACAGAGGAUGGCUUAAAUAGAAAUGGGACAUCCGUUGUGAAAUAUAGGGAAAAAAUAUAUUGAUCGUUGAAUGGUAUUGAUGAAAAAUCAUGGUGUAAUAUAUUUAUUUUUUUAAAGUUGCUCGAGUGUGCUAAUGCUAAAGUCGCGGUUACUUACAUACGGACACGUUAUGGAAAGCAUACAAAGACAAUUGAUUGCUAAUGGUGAUCGGAUAGAAGAAGAAAAUAAAUAACGCGUAAAUUUUUUGAAAAGUCAAACAACGACAAGUU